GCAGGGGCGUCCAGGCGCGCACGGGGUAUCAGACCGCACGUCUGCCCUGCUCUUGGAGGUGGUGCUGGUUCCAGUGGCUGCUUCAGUGCGACCCUACAAUAACAAAGUCCAGGAGACUGAGUCGCUGCUUGUCUCACCCCUUCCCCCCAGAGAUCACUCUUUUCCUGGACCAGCCCAGAGGCCCGGGCUUUGCUCCUGGAUUGUAAGCAUGCGGUGACUCCUUUCUCCCCAAUCUCCUGAGUAUCUCUCCCUUCCCUGGCCCCCAGCCUAAGAAUCUUGAAUCCCUGAAGGGACCAAACAGGAAAGGCCUGGGGGGAGAGCAAUUCUUUUCUUUAUCUUCCCUCCCUCCCCCCCUCCCACCCAACGAAGGACCUGUUCUCUGAAUCUGUUUUACCAACCGGAGGAUGUUUUCCCCGUUUUUUUCUGUUUAGUGCCAAGAUUCAUUGAAACAUUGGGCUGACUCGAGCAGUCAACCUAAGUGUUUGUCUAACCUUGUCGAAUUAUUUCUUCCCUCCGAUGGUUCCCCAGAAGGGAUCAGACAGGCUGAAUGCAAGAGCAUAUCUCCUGUCCACCACCUCCUUUCCCUUCCUUUGCCAUCAGUAAUAUCCUUCGGCACUGAGUUCCACAGGUUGAUUAUACGCUUUAAACAUAUUGCUUUUUUAAAUUAAAACUGGAAGGAAGUUUUCCAAGGGCAUGUUUUUCCAUUGAAAAAUGCUGAUUUAUUGACGGCUUGUGGAAACAAGUAGAUUUUGAUGAAAUUUUGUUUGCAGGGGAAAAGAUGGAAGGAAAAUCCACAUGAAAUUUCAGUUUUCCAUUCAUGAAAUGACUCUUUGGUAUCUUUAAACAUUAUAUUCUCUAAUCCAGCGUAAUACGUUUAAAAAGUCAAAAUCUAAAUGAAAUGUUUAGAUCAACCCAAAAUGAAUUUAUCUGCAGAACUGUGUGUAAUCAGAAAAAAUAUCAAAAUCCUGGAAUUUCCAGCCCAAAUGGAAAAUCGAACCCUACUUUUAACUACCUGAUGCCCCCACUGCUAAUAUUAGGAGUGGGUAAACAGAAGUUCCUUAGUGACCUGCUCCAAACCAUUCCUUAUUUUAUAUUUCCCUGUUCUAAUGCUUAUCCCAUUGAUCCCCUUUGAGAGUUGCUGAUGAAAAGUGCUAGAAGAGCUAGGAAUGAUUAUCCACCUGACAUCACUGAGCCGAAGGGGCUAUCAAUUUCAAACACAGCUUUGUUUUCUUCUGUCAGGGCUGGUGGCCUCAGACCAUCCGAGGCUGGUGAUUCAUGUGAUUUCCAGCACAUGCUGUGCGGAUGAUUUUCUGUCUAUUACAGACCACUGCUGGAGUGGGACCUUUGCAUAGAGAAGUCGGCCUCUGUUUUGCUGCAGUGGCUUUCCCUGAUGAUCUGAGCGGGUCUUCCCGGUACACCAUGGCACGGCAUAGCAAGCUCCAGAAGCAAGUCUUAAGCUUGUACAGACAGUUCCUACGAGCCAGCAAAGAGAAGCCGGGGUUCUUACCUCGGAUACAGGCCGAGUUCCGGAAGAACGCCAGCAUCCCCCGGAUGGAUGUUAUGCACAUUGAGUAUCUCCUCCGCCGAGGCCAGAGGCAGCUGAAGCAGCUCAGAGACGUUAACACCAAACAAAUGGGCACUUUUGUCAAAACUAAGCCGGAAGAGCAGUGACCUCUGCUGGCUGGCGCAGGCGGCUUUUUGUACUGGGACAGUUAGCGUGUGAAUUCAGAGAUGUGCCUUCCAGAUUCUCACAUCCUCGUGCACCCCUUUCGGUUUGCACAUGGGUCCGAUCACAGUGAAGGAAAACUAUCCAGUCGGUGCAGUUGUCCUACCUGGACUGGAGUUCACUGGGAUCAAUGAAGCCUGGUUUAGGUGUCUUUACACCAGGGAGCCACUAGAGGGUGCAGUUGAGAAGCCGAUCUCUGUAAUUCUAAGCUUCUUAAUAAUUCAGGUGUGGAUGGGUGAUUUGCAGGUGACAUUCUUGUUUCCAAUACCUGGGACAUAAUCUGUUCCUACCCCUGUUGUCUCUUCUAUUCCAUCCUGUAGCUAAAGUCAAACAGGCAGAUUACCCAGUAAAAUAAAAGAAAGGGACAGUGGUGGGUUGAAAUCCUAUUUCUGUCAUUUUUUUAAUUAUCCGUAGUGCCAAAAAGCCCCAGUCAUGAACCAGGCCUCCACUGCACUAGGUGCUGCACAAACAGUGGAUCUGGGUGCUACAAUUCUUGAGUGCCCCACUGAAGUGCCUUUGAAGAAGCAGAAAGAGCCGAGCACCUGCCUUUUGAAAAUUGGGUUCCCUUAAGGUGUCUCAAGACGGGCAGCUCCCUCCCUGCAACCCCAAAUCACUAGCCACUUCUGAAAAUAAAGGCCUUUGGGCCAAGGCGUUUUCCAAGGUGUA